GCUGGCAGGUGCCCCGGCGGGCUGCCGCCGGCUGCCGGCGUCUCUGGAAUCUGCUUCCUGCGGAUCUGGGUGGGCUGGAGCCCUGCUGCACCCCUGACCUCCUCCCCUGCCAGGCGAUGCUCCGGUAGACCCCGACGCUGCUCCUCCUGGCUGGGAAGCGCUGGUCGCGAGCACGCGCACCAUGGCCGGCCCCCGAGGGAACGCCGCGCCCUGUCUGCUCUGGAUGCUGCUGCUGUGGAGUGGGGGCCACGGCUGUCAGGCCCAGAGGGCAGGUUGCAAGACUGUGCACUAUGACCUGGUCUUCCUCCUGGACACCUCCUCCAGCGUGGGCAAGGAGGACUUUGAGAAGGUCCGGCAGUGGGUGGCCAACUUGGUGGACACCUUCGAGGUGGGCCCUGACCACACCCGCGUGGGCGUCGUGCGCUACAGCGACCAGCCCAGCCUGGCCUUUGAGCUGGGCCGCUUCAGCUCCCGGGAGGCGGUCAAGGCGGCUGCGCGCCAGCUGGCCUUCCACGGCGGCAACACCAACACGGGCGAUGCCCUGCGCUUCCUCACCCGCCACAGCUUCUCCCCGCAGGCCGGCGGCCGGCCCGGGGACCGCGCCUUCAAGCAGGUGGCCAUCCUACUGACCGACGGCCGCAGCCAGGACCUGGUGCUGGACGCCGCGGCCGCUGCUCACCGGGCAGGCAUCCGCAUCUUCGCCGUGGGCGUCGGGGAGGCGCUGAAGGAGGAGCUGGCGGAGAUGGCCUCGGAGCCCAAGGCCGCCCACGUCUUCCACGUGUCUGACUUCGACGCCAUCGACAAGAUCCGGGGCAAGCUGCGGCGGCGCCUGUGUGAGAACGUGCUGUGCCCGAGCGUGCGCGUGGAGGGAGAUCGCUUCAAGCACACCAACGGGGGCACCCGGGAAAUCACAGGUUUUGACCUGAUGGACCUGUUCAGCGUGCAGGAGGUCGUGGGCAGGAGAGAGUACGGAGCUCGGAGCUCCUAUGUCCGCCUGGGCUCCUUCCCUGUGGUACAGAGGACAGAGGACGUGUUUCCGCAAGGCCUGCCUGACGAGUACGCCUUCGUCACCACCUUCCGGCUCAGGAAGGCGUCUCGGAAGGAAGACUGGUACAUGUGGCAGGUCAUUGACCAGUAUGGCAUCCCGCAGGUCUCCAUCCGGCUGGACGGCGAGGACAAGGCGGUCGAGUACAACGCCGUGGGCGCGCUGCAGGACGCCGUCAGGGUGGUCUUCCGGGGGCCCACGGUCAGCAGCCUCUUUGACCGCGAGUGGCAUAAGAUCGCCCUGAGCAUCCAGGCCCAGAACGUCUCCCUCUACAUCGACUGCGCCCUGGUGCAGACACUGCCCAUCGAGGAGCGGGAGAACAUUGACAUCCAGGGCAAGACCGUGAUCGGCAAGCGCCUCUACGACAGCGUGCCCAUCGACUUUGACCUGCAGCGGGUCGUGAUUUACUGCGACUCCCGGCACGCGGAGCUGGAGACCUGCUGUGACAUCCCUUCGGGGCCGUGCCAGGUGACCGUGGUGACGGAGCCCCCGCCCCCGCCCCUGUGGCCCCCCAGCUCCAGCAGCGAGCACAUCGGCUUCCUGAAGACCAUCAACUGCUCCUGCCCCGCCGGAGAAAAGGGUGAAAAGGGCUUGGAUGGCCCCGUGGGACUUCCCGGCCCAAAGGGAGACGCAGGUGCCCCUGGGCUGCUGGGAGCUCCUGGACCCAAGGGAGAGAAGGGAGACAUGGGCAGGGGGCCUUUUUACCACGGAGAAAAGGGUGAAAAGGGCUCCCUGGGCCUGCCCGGUCCCCCUGGGAGAGACGGCAGCAAAGGCAUUCGGGGGGAGCCUGGAGAGCCGGGAGAGCCGGGGCUGCCUGGCGAAGUGGGCAUGCGGGGACCCCAAGGGCCACCCGGGCUUCCUGGAUCUCCUGGACACCUCGGGGCUCCUGGUCUCCAAGGAGAACGGGGUGCAAAGGGAGCCCAAGGAGAGAAGGGGGAGCGAGGCCUGGAUGGGCUUCCCGGGAAGCCCGGGGAGACUGGCGAGCAGGGAAGACCCGGCCCCCCUGGUGUGGCGGGACCCCAGGGACAGAAGGGCGACGUGGGGCCUGCGGGACCUCCGGGCCUUCCCAGCUCCGUGGUGCAGAGAGAGGGCCUGAAGGGCGAGCAGGGAGCUCCGGGUCCACGAGGUCACCAGGGCCCACCUGGGCCACCAGGAGCUCCGGGUCUGAUGGGUCCGGAAGGCAAGGAGGGACCUCCUGGCUUGCAAGGGCUCCGGGGGAAGAAAGGUGACGUGGGCACCCCCGGGACCCCUGGAGCGCUGGGCCCGCAGGGACCUCCAGGCUCCCCUGGCAUCCCAGGCCCGCCUGGACCCGGAGGCCCCCCGGGUCUUCCUGGAGAGAUCGGCUUCCCGGGAAAACCCGGGCACCCUGGGCAGGCGGGGUCCCCGGGAAAGGAUGGGCUGCAUGGACCUCCGGGCCUGCCAGGACCCAAGGGGGAGCCCGGGGACAGAGGCUACGACGGCCUUCCUGGGAAGCCCGGCCCUCGGGGUGAAGUUGGGGAGCAAGGUCUGGCAGGCCAGCCCGGAGAGAAGGGAGCCGCAGGUCUGCCGGGUGCACCAGGACUCCCGGGCCGGAGGGGAGAGAAGGGGGAACAGGGAGAGAAAGGCGGCCUGGGGCUCCCGGGACUGAAAGGUGACCGAGGAGACAAGGGUGAGGUCGGUCCAGCCGGGCCCCCUGGACUACCUGGAACAACGUCCCUGUUCACGCCGCACCCUAGGAUGCCCGGAGAACAAGGGCCCAAGGGUGAGAAGGGCGAUCCCGGCCUGCCCGGAGAACCGGGAUCUCAGGGCCAUCCUGGAGAAUUGGGGCCUCGGGGACCUGCUGGGCCACCGGGUGCCAAGGGACAAGACGGUGCCCACGGGGUGCCCGGAGCGGCUGGAAACCCUGGCACGCCCGGACCUGCGGGACCCCCAGGCCCCAGUGGCCCCCCAGGAAAUGCGGGCCCCCCUGGCAUCAGAGGCCCCCCUGGGAAGGACGGGGAGCGCGGAGAGAAGGGAGCAGCAGGCGAGGAAGGUGGCCCAGGACCAGCUGGCCCCAGAGGUGACCCUGGUGCUCCCGGGCUCCCUGGACCAUCUGGAAAGGGGAAAGAUGGGGAGCCGGGACUUCGUGGACCACCUGGCUUACCUGGACCCCUAGGAACCAAGGGGGACCGAGGUGCACCUGGGAUUCCUGGCUCUCCUGGCAGCCGUGGUGACCCAGGCAUUGGGGUUGCUGGUCCUCCUGGCCCCUCUGGAGCGCCCGGAGACAAGGGACCCCCGGGAUCUCGAGGCUCACCUGGAUUCCCCGGCCCCCAGGGACCAGCCGGCCAGGACGGUGUCCCAGGAAACCCAGGAGAAAGAGGGCCUCCUGGCAAGCCAGGCGUCUCUCCGCUGCUGUCUCCAGAGGACAUAAAGCUCUUGGUGAAGGACAUGUGCCACGACUGCCCGCCUGGGCCCCCAGGCCUCCCUGGGAUGCCAGGCUUUAAAGGGGACAAAGGUCUUCAGGGAAAGCCAGGGAGAGAAGGCCCAGAAGGGAAAAAGGGAGAUGCUGGGCCCAGAGGCCUCCCGGGGCCCCCAGGGGUAGCUGGACCUCAGGGAAGCAAAGGAGAGCAGGGCGCGGAUGGCGAGCCGGGGCAGAAAGGGGCUCAGGGUCAUCCUGGAGUUCCUGGUUUCAUGGGGCCCCCAGGGAACCCGGGGCCACCGGGAGCAGAUGGGGUAGCGGGCACUGCUGGGCCACCAGGAUUCCAAGGACCACCGGGGAAAGACGGUCCUCCUGGCCCCCAAGGUCCAUCUGGAUUACCUGGAAUCCCAGGAGAAGAAGGCAAAGAGGGCAGAGACGGGAAACCCGGCGUCCCGGGAGAGCAGGGCAAAGCCGGGGAGCCGGGUCUGCCGGGACCAGAGGGCGCGCGGGGUCCCCCGGGCUUCAAGGGACACACAGGGGACCCGGGAGCCCCCGGCCCCAGGGGAGAACCUGGCGCUGUGGGGCCGCCGGGCCGGGAAGGGUCACCAGGGAAAGACGGCGAUGCUGGACCCACAGGCCCGCAGGGGCCCCGAGGAGCCAGGGGCCCACCGGGUAAGAAUGGCUCCCCUGGCCUCCCCGGAGACGCUGGCUCUCCAGGAAACCCCGGACAGAAGGGAAGCAAAGGAGAAAAUGGCAGCCCCGGACUUCCAGGCUUCCUGGGCCCCCGCGGGCCCCCGGGGGAGCCUGGAGAGCGGGGAGGCCCCGGCAAGGAGGGUGCCCCUGGGACGCCCGGAGAGCCAGGACUCCGGGGAGAAAGGGGAGAUCCUGGCAUCAAAGGUGACAAAGGACCUCCUGGUGGGAAGGGUCAGCCUGGGGACCCUGGCAUCCCAGGCCACAAAGGCCACACGGGCCUGAUGGGUCCCCAAGGACCACCAGGGGAGAACGGGCCAGCUGGGCCCCCAGGGCCACCAGGCCAGCCAGGAUUCCCAGGACUGAGGGGGGAGUCUCCAUCCCUGGACACGCUGAGGCGGCUCAUCCAGGAGGAGCUCGGGAAACAGCUGGAAGUCAAGCUCGCCUACCUCCUGGCCCAGAUGCCCCCCGCACAUGUGAAGGCAUCUCAAGGCAGGCCCGGGCUCCCGGGGCCCCCUGGAAAGGACGGGCUUCCCGGCCGCGCAGGGCCCGUGGGGGAGCCGGGACGGCCCGGGCAGGGUGGCCUGGAAGGACCCUCGGGACCCAUGGGCCCCAAAGGUGAGCGAGGAGCCAAAGGUGACUCAGGUGUGCCUGGAGUUGGCCUCCGAGGCGAGAUGGGCCCCCCUGGAAUCCCAGGUCAACCUGGAGAACCUGGUUAUGCUAAAGAUGGGAUCCCUGGGGGUCCUGGCCCCCAGGGAGAGACAGGACCAGCUGGACAUCCUGGCCCCCCAGGGCCUCCUGGGCCCCCUGGCCAGUGUGACCCCGCCCAGUGUGCCUACUUUGCCAGCCUCGCUGCCCGCCCCAGGAAUGUGAAGGGCCCUUAGAAGCUUCUGGAAGGCCAGGCGUCAGCGGUGAAUUUCUGAAACUUGAACUCAGAGCUCAGUGGGAAAGCAGAGGUCCUGGAACAUUUCAGCCAUUGUUUCUUCUUUCGUGGAUCGUUUUGCUUUUUCUUUUUCAAGAGACCUCAAUGUGAUUAAAACCAACAGAUGCUGCCGGUCGGUCAGGUUAUUAUUAUUAUUAUUAUUAUUAUUACUGAUGUUGUUGUUAAUUAUUAUUUCAUAUGGCAAUGCUUUGUGUUUUUCCCUCUCUGAGUUGGGAAACUUGUUCUGUGGGCUUGGAUAUUUCUCGGUUCCUCUGAGGGCCCCUCUGAAGUGUAGCCUUGAUGUUAAGGUUCGUCGUGGUGCUAUGAAACCCCGGCCAGACACUUGCCAACUUUACCUCUUUUGUCAAAGGUAAACUGCAAUAAGCAUGAGCUUCUGUUCUGGGUUGGCCAUGCCCGGAGGUUGCCUGGGGGGACAUUUUCCAAGUCCCCACUUCUCUGGCCGAGAAUAUGAAGCGGGCGGAGAAGGAAUUUGCAGUUACUCUAAUUGUCUCGCCUCCUGAUGGGAAGAGCCCGGGGUGGGGGCCAUCGUCCUCAGGAGCCAGCAGCCAUCUGUGACAAGCUGGCAGAGGGCUGUGAUGUCACAUCUUGGGCCGGCAGAGGCCUCAGCAUCCUGCUCUGGACCAAAGACAGGGGCGCUGGCGUGCAGACAGUGCCUGCACGUGACUGGCUUCUAAGCUGCGGGUGGGGCUCCUUUGAGCUCCUCCCAUGUCUUUACUCACUUUAAUCAUAAUGUCAGGGUGCAGGGACCGUCCUGGGUUUCCUGACAGUGGGAGGCCCGGGGCACCGGCCAGAGCCGGGGAAUCGGUGCGUCCAGGCUUCUGAGCUAAUUGCAUUGAGUGUACGUGUGUGACACGCGGCAUGAACAGGUGCUCAAUAAACUGAGUUUCCCUCUGGCUGCUGGUGAU